CAAGAUGGCGUCCAAAAUGGCGGGAGUGUCUUUGGGGGUUGUUGUUUUGGUCAUGUUCUUUUCUUCAGGAUGUUCAGAUGGCAAAAAUCAACAACUUACAUAUGACAACUGGCAUCUUAUGCUAGAAGGAGAAUGGAUGGUGAAGUUGUAAGUAUGCUCAGAUAAUUAAUAAUAAACGUAGUAUCGUCAUCGAAUCAUCGUAAGCAAUAGUCGAUUUCCUGGUUUUGGCGAAAUUGUAGAACAUCCUGCUUGGCUCGUGGAUUUCCUCGUUUUUUCCGUGCUACUGUUAUAUACGUUUUCAUGAACAACGCUGGAUCCUUUUUCUUCAAUAUUCCUUAUUCACAGAACGUUGAACAGUUUUUUUCAUAAUCAAACUUUGAUGUUUUAUACUCGAUCAUACAGUGCUAUUUAUUUCCUAUUCAUUUAAAGAGAUCAAAAGUACCGAUUCAAGCUACUCCCAAUCAAAUUACUUUUGAAAACCCCGCAUCCUCCAGGAGUUCCCUGCCCCAACCCUUAGUAGCAGAAAUCUGGUUGGAAUAACUGGUCAAAACUUCUUUUACCGGACACAGAUAACGUAAAACAAACGACCUCUUUGUUUUCUGUUCAGGGAAGAAUCUGCUUGGUAUUGUGUCAUGGCUUGUUCUUUUGUUUCACAUCAUCUGUGUCCGGUACACCAAGUAAACGCCGAAUGACCUAUUGCAACAUUCUUAUCUCCCAAUUCAUGACCAUUUCUUGUUUUAUCCGAGACAUAUAUACCAAUUAGAAAAUAAGACACUAGCAAUAUAAAAAAAAUGGAAACCUUUCUUUUCCUUGCUGAGUCUUGUCUCCUAACUCCAAAAACAUAAAUUAGUAAUAUCUGCACCUACCAUGAAUAUUUAUAUUACUUUCACCACAAAGAAAGCAAAAAAAAAAAUUGUAAAAAUUAAUUAUAGAUCAUACUAAGUACAGUAAUACAUGGAAUUAGCACUGCUGUAAUCUAGUUUAAUAUUUGUAAGUACUGCAUGUAAGUGUGUAAAUUUUCUUUUUUUUGGUUUUAUUCAUUUAUUUAUUCUGUGUAAUUUUUUUUCUUUUUUGUGUGUGUUUUACUUGCAAAUAAUAAUAAAAAAAAACAUUCUUACCAGGAGGAAGGGAAAGGGAUCCAAACCUCCUGCAUCCUUGCAUUACCAGCUCCUGCCCCUUUAUCCCUUUUGGGAUUGUUAAUUAUCAAGCAUUAUUGCAUAAUUUCCCCCUAUUUCUACUGCUUCAGAACUCCCAUCUCUUGCCCUUUCCCCUGGGGGGUACUCCCUUAGUUAAGGACCUAUAAACCACCCCCCCCCCCCCCUUCCCACUAAUGGGAAUGACUUAGGACAUUAUAUGAAGUCUUACAUGAACUACAUACUAUUAAAAUUCGCUUUCAUCAUUGUAAUGAUGAACUAGAGUUUGUCAGUGACUAAAUAUGUGCAAAAAUGUCCCAGAACUGUACAAUAAAUAAAUAAGUGAAAAAGUUGAAUUUUAGAGAAAAAAUAGGCUCAAUUUCAAACUAAAGCACAGAAAAGCUUAAAAGUCAAUUUUGUGCGGGAGAUUUGAUGACUCAUACAGUUGACCGUGCUGUGAAUCAAACCCAAGUCUUCAGCUCUAAUUUUUUUCACCCAACCAAUUGAGCUGACCAGUCAGAAGUCAAAUUUGCUUUCAUUACUGUAAGAGUAACAUUUUAUAUUUAUCUUUUAAAAGCUUUGCUCCUUGGUGCCCAGCUUGUCAACACGUAGCCCCUGUUUGGAGAAAAUUGGCUCUAAAAGCUGAUGCAUUAGGUUUUAAUGUUGGAGAAGUGGACACCACCAAAGAACCUGGUAAUGUAUUGGUAUAACAUAUAGAUUUAGCCAGAGCUAAAAGUGAAGCUACUGCUUAUGCACUUUAAAUUUACUGCAGGCAAUAGACUUUAAACUAUUGAAAAGAACACAAAUCUAUACUAACUUUAUGGGAAAGACAAGAUUGAAAAACAUAAACUUGAGCCCGCAAUCAAUUAAAAGCUAACAACUGGUCAGCAGAAAACUUUAAAAAAAUGCGUGACCUGAAUGAGUUGGCACUUGAGCCUGUAAUACGGUCAUGUAUCACUGGUCAAUUUGACAUUUCACAUUGGUUUCCCUGUGGUGCGGACAGACGGGUGUACAGUCACCUGAUUACCAAAAUUUCUCAGAUGGAUAGAUUACCAGUAUUAUUUAUCUUAGGUAUGGGGCUUUGCUCAGGCUCUCAUUCAUGACAAAAUGACUACUGAAGACAAAAUAAAAUUGUUACAUUACAUCGCAAACACUACCAACUACAAAGAUCUUGACACGGGCAAUUUUUUGGUCUUCGUGUGAAUAUGUAGCUUUUUUGGGUACCCUGUGGAGUACACACUUGCUGUCUGCCUGUUUAAGUAAGAUGUGUUUCACCAUUCGUUUGUAGUUAAAGGAAUGCUUUUUUACUCAGGGGCAAAUUAUGUAGGCAGGACUUAAAAAAUAAGUCAACUGUGAUGGUUUAUCAUCCUCAACCAACUUAAGCAAAAGGGAAGGAGGCCUGAAAAACAUGCAUCCUUGACAGGGAAUUAAACCCUGAUUGAAAGAAGAAAACCAUCAGUUUAAUCAUUUCAGGUAAAAGGUUUAUGAUUUUGAUGGGUUACUCUGCCAAAUACUUAAGAGUAUUUUAAUUUUUUCAGAGACAUACUACUGGCAUGAUAUCCCCAUGAUAAUAAAAAUUAUACAUCCCCCUAAAAGCUCUUUUUUUUGCAUUACAUAAUAUUCUUAAAAUGUUCUCAUUUGACUAUUAACUGUUUGUUUUUGGUUUUUUUUUGCAGCAUUGAGUGGAAGGUUUAUGAUAUUUUCAUUACCAACCAUCUACCAGUGAGUUGCUUAUUUCAACUCUUUCUUAACAGUCACCCUUAUAAGACAGAUACCUCUCUAAAAUGAACAUCUAAAGUUCAUCCCUGCUGUUCUUAAGUCAUUUUCUUUGAGUCUUUAUAAAGUAGACACUGUACAGUGAUAAAGACAAAAUGAAGUUAUCUUAGAGAGAUUUAACUGUACAGUCAAACUGUUAUUGCGUGGGCUCUAACUAAGUGGCCACCAUCUAUUUAGUGGCCAGAGUCCUAGCAGAAAAUGUUAUGGGUAAAUCACUGGGCCAGAACCUUUGUUUAGCGGUCAAACAUGCUCAAGAGGCUACUUGCCCAUUCUCUGAGGGUAGCAAUCUUUCAUAGCAGUUUAUUGUUGAUAUCACUUUAUUGUAUUGUAUACUGCCACACCAGGCAGACUGACACUUUUAUUUUUGUUGUAAGUUGUCAUUGUCAUCAUCAUCAUCUUCAUCGCUGUUAUUAACGUCAUCAUUACGUUCACUGUUAUCAUCACCAACACUGCCAUCAAUAGUCCUCAUUAUCAUAGUUAUUGUUAUCAUCAUCAUCACCUUCUUUAUCACCACCUUUGUCCCUUGUUGUAUUGUUAUUAUCACCAAAUUCAUCUUUGUCACUAUUAACACAACUAUCAUCAUCAUCAUUAUAUUCAGAAUUAUAACAUUUUAUAUCAUCGAUGUGAAGUAUAAAUGAAAUAAUUCAUUUUUGAACUGCGGUUGUAGAUAAGGUCACGGGUUCGAAUCCCGUUGAAGCCCUGAUUUUUUCAGGCUUCUUCUUUCCAAUAAUAUUGCUAAAUUGGAAAAUUUACUGCGAUUGAUCAUUCUUCACUUUCACCUACAACUGCGGUUCAAAAAUGAAUUUUAUAACAUAGCGCGCGUGCUUGUCCUAUGUAAGUCCUAUUGAGUCGCUAUGAACAAAAUCUUUAUUUACGCACGCUCGUGCGUAAAUAAGAUGACGUGAGCAUCUUUUUUUUUAUCUGGCUGCAAAGUAUAGUUGUCGUCUUUUAAGAUGCAGUGCAGUUUUCCUUCUCUUUAAAAUAUGGAAGAAACCAGCGAAGAACUGCCCAAUGUUUUUAUCAGCAUUGACCUUUUAGGUCCUGAUCCAACAAGCAGCAAAAAUAAAGCCGAAUUAAAAAAAACUCGCACGUUGCGCGUUUCGCAAAUUUGUCGGAAGACCAGCUGCAGCAAAUUUUGGCCGAAAGACAUUAACUGGGAACAGAACAGACACCAACUGGUCAUCAACAACAUUUAAGGGUAAAAUUUCCGUUUUUAUUGUUGUGUUUAAAUUUGUUACGCACUUUUGUUAUCUCCGGACAAUCCUACUGAAGCAGGAAAAUUUCUUUCGCAAUAACAACACAAAUUACACAAGAAGACGUAAAUUUAUUACUCACAAAAACAACUGCUGCCAGGUCUUCUCAAGAAGCCGUAAUGACCAGCCAAUGCUCGUAAAUGAAUAUAAGUUUAAAGAAGGAUGACAGUCGUCUUCGCUAAAAACAUGUUUUCUGGAUUUCGCCGAGCAAAACGUAAACAUCUUUUCAGCAAAUCCAAACCAUACUCCAUGACUUCUUACGAACAUAGUGUUAGUAUAAUUUUAACUUUAGGUGAACUUUAAGACGCUUUUACCUUUGUUUCUGCUUAGUUUCCAUUGAUCGUUAACGAAUAAAGAAGCAAAUUUUCUUCUCAGUUUUACAGAAAGAACAUUUUCAUUUAAACUAGACGAUUGUGGCGUGUUUAGCGAGUUACGAGAAUUUUGCAGUUAAUCAAAAAGCAAGCAUUUUUGUCAGCUAUGUUAUAAAAGAAUUUGCUCAUGCUUUUAGCUGUGCAUAUAUCGAGUUAUGGAUGCACUUGGGAAGUUUGGAGAGCACUCAAGAAGCUAGAGUUGCACUCGGCUAUCGCCUCGUGCAACUCUUACGCAUCUUUCGUGCUCUCCAAACUUCCCGCGUGCAUCCAUAACUCGAUAUACGCACACUAAGCAUGAACAAAUUCUUAAAUUUCAUAUAUACUUCACAUCAUUUCACUCUUCAUGGGAGAUAUGAACUCAAUAAAUUGCCCUUGCUCCCAAUGUGUGGCUUCAUAGCUCAGUUGGUAGAGCAUUGCACUGGUAAUGCAGAGGUCACUGGCUCUAAUCCCGUUGAAGCCCUGAUUUUUUCAGGCUUCUUCUUUCCAAUUGCUUAAAUUGGAAAAUUUACUGCGAUGAUCAUUCUUUACUUUCAUUUUAUAUCAUCAUCAUCAUCAUCAUCAUUAUAAAAUUAAUUUUUAUUUUUAACUAACACUUUGUUUCUCCCCUCCAUCAGUGUUAAAGAUGGGACAUUUCGAAAGUAUGAAGGUCCAAGAUCAUUGCAAGGAUUUAUAGACUUUAUUAGUGAACAAAAAUGGAGAGAAACUGAACCCGUUCCUUGGUGGAAGUCUCCUAACUCAUUUCUGUACGUACAUUGUACUAUAUACAGUCAAACCUUCACUCUGCCACUUCCCACAGGUGAACACUUCCCAUAAGUACGUUUUUUCAGUGUCAGGGGUAUCCCAGGGUGAGUUAAAAACUAAAAACCAAAUAACUUUCCCAUUGGCAAAGCUGUUGCUGAGGUUUAGUAGCCCAAGGCAGUUAGGCCUAUUAAUCCCUCUUUUCACUAAAAUUGAGUUACUGGUAAACUGGAGAAAUGUUGUUUGCCUGUCAGACAACUCAAUAAUUAUUUUUGUUAAAAUAUGCUAUCCCAACAGCUAGUUCCACUAGUCGCGAGCUAUCAGACAGCACUUUUGUUGCACCCUGUGUCUACUUACAGGUGGUUUGUACCAAAAAACAACCUUUGAUGGUAUCUGAUGUAAAAAUUUGUUGUGGUAAACCUUAUUAUUAUGACACCAAAGAGACAGAUGGCUGGAACUGCACCCAUUAACAAUGGUAACUCUGGAUAAAACUGAUGUUGAUUUAAUUUGUAAGAUAUCUGAAACAUAGUUUUUUCCCCCUCAUUAUAUUAGGAUGGGAAUGCUUGGUGUAUUGUUCAAGCUUUCCUUGCUUUUAAAGGUAUGUGUAGGUACUUUUAAAUAAUUGUGGUUGAUGUUAAAAGUAUUACCAAACAAAAGUCAUUUGCAUUUCAUCAGAUAUAUCGUGUCAAUGAGUCGGUUUAAUUUCCUAGUAUUCACAAAGCUAGGCUCUCUGUAUCUCUAUGAUCAUUGUAGCAACUUUUUGAUGUUUGGACGUCCCUGCAGUGGAACCAGUGAUCUUCUAGAUCAAGAAUGUCAUUUUCACGAAGUCCUUGCCAUAUAUAAUGAACAUUAUCUCCAGUAAUAGUAAAAUAAUUAUGUGGAAAAGAACUACAAUACUAGAGGUAAUCUUUGAUUACGGAUCCGUGUUCAUCACUUAUGGAAAGGAAAUCGAGUCUAAAGGACUUAGGAGUCCAGUUUCCUGGAUGAGAUACCCGUAAUAAAAUCAGUUGGGGGUGGCUAAUCGGCAGUCGCCCACGACAACGUGAAAAUUUGUGGCUUUGUGCUUCAGGAACACCAAUAUUAGGAUGUGUUCUGACGAACACGAUAAUGAAAUUUUGAUAUAGUGAAUGUAUUUUGUCAGCCCAUUGGUCCUUUGUUAUAUCCAAGUUCCACUAUAGUUGGAAUCCUGGCUAGGUCUACAGAGUUUCUCUUUGUUACAUGUUCAUGACAUGACAGUCAUUCCAUCUUUCUUGUUUAUGUUGGUGUCAACAGGAUUUUCAUGAGCUACUUACAGUCACGCAUGGUCUCCCAGUCUGGGCUUCAUAUGCACUUUUUGGCAUUUCUACAGUUCUAGCAGGACNAGAUAUCUGAAACAUAGUUUUUUCCCCCUCAUUAUAUUAGGAUGGGAAUGCUUGGUGUAUUGUUCAAGCUUUCCUUGCUUUUAAAGGUAUGUGUAGGUACUUUUAAAUAAUUGUGGUUGAUGUUAAAAGUAUUACCAAACAAAAGUCAUUUGCAUUUCAUCAGAUAUAUCGUGUCAAUGAGUCGGUUUAAUUUCCUAGUAUUCACAAAGCUAGGCUCUCUGUAUCUCUAUGAUCAUUGUAGCAACUUUUUGAUGUUUGGACGUCCCUGCAGUGGAACCAGUGAUCUUCUAGAUCAAGAAUGUCAUUUUCACGAAGUCCUUGCCAUAUAUAAUGAACAUUAUCUCCAGUAAUAGUAAAAUAAUUAUGUGGAAAAGAACUACAAUACUAGAGGUAAUCUUUGAUUACGGAUCCGUGUUCAUCACUUAUGGAAAGGAAAUCGAGUCUAAAGGACUUAGGAGUCCAGUUUCCUGGAUGAGAUACCCGUAAUAAAAUCAGUUGGGGGUGGCUAAUCGGCAGUCGCCCACGACAACGUGAAAAUUUGUGGCUUUGUGCUUCAGGAACACCAAUAUUAGGAUGUGUUCUGACGAACACGAUAAUGAAAUUUUGAUAUAGUGAAUGUAUUUUGUCAGCCCAUUGGUCCUUUGUUAUAUCCAAGUUCCACUAUAGUUGGAAUCCUGGCUAGGUCUACAGAGUUUCUCUUUGUUACAUGUUCAUGACAUGACAGUCAUUCCAUCUUUCUUGUUUAUGUUGGUGUCAACAGGAUUUUCAUGAGCUACUUACAGUCACGCAUGGUCUCCCAGUCUGGGCUUCAUAUGCACUUUUUGGCAUUUCUACAGUUCUAGCAGGACUUCUUAUAGGCAUGGUAAACUGUUUAAUUAUUGCCCAUAAUUCUCUGAGUUAUAUUUUUUGAGUGGCUAAAACGAAGCUUUUUCUAGUUUGCACUUUGAUAAAGACUGCAAACAUAUGUAUUUGAUCAGAAGCAGUGUGGCUGAGCAGUAAGGGUGGUGAACUUUAUUAUUUAAAGGCCCCGAGUUCAAGACCACUUGACGGAUUAUUUUGUUCUCAGUAGUCCAAAGUGUAAAUCCUCUGCCAUCCUUGUAAAUAGCCAGCUGGUUUGCGUCUCACUAGUUAGGAUUCAUAACCCUGUUAAGUGUGAUGUAAAUUGUUUCAGGCAUUUGCUUGGCCCCACUAGCAUUAGUUCUAUAAAUACUGCAGAGGGUAAAUAAAGGUUAUUUACUUUAUUUAUGUUUAUCUUGGUUUUGUUGUCAUUAGAUUAUAGUAGUUGUAUCAGACUAUAUCCUGGGAGGACCUCCUGUGAUCCAGGCCCCUCAAGUGCCUGUUCAGCCCUCAGAAAAGGAAUCCGAAGAGGAGCCUGGUGAAGAGCAUAGUGAACAAUGUGAUAAGGAAGAAAAAAAAGAAGCAAAAGACAAUGACGAUGAGAAGAGUGGUGUGAGGAAGAGGGUAGGUAUCAGGGUUUAUCGCAAAGGAAAAAACUGUGAGGUGCUUAAACUGUUGACUUGCUUAUCAGGGGAGGAUUCGGAAAAUUCAAAAUGGGGGACAGGACACUUGCUAGUUGCACUUUCUAUUUUCGUGGGAAUUUGUUAAAAAUAAUACAGUCGAAUCCCACUUUGCAGACACCCUCUUAAUACAGACAGACACCUCAUUAUUAUGGACUGUUAAGGAAAGAAAGCCCUUAUGUUUUCUCUAAAUUCAACUCACUUAAUGUAGACACCCCUUUGAUACCGACAAUUUCUAUGACCCUCUCAGUGUCUGUAUUAACAGGGUUUGUCUGUACGAAAUUUACCAGCAAAAGGAGGGGUGUGGUACCCUUGGACCACCCCUAAAUCCACCCAUCGUGGUGAGAAACAGUGCAGAGGAAAGUUUUAUGCUUAGUAAAACAACGAUACGGAAGAAAAGAAGUGUUAAAGCUUACAGCUCACAACUGUCUCACAGAUUGGUAUCUCUAAGGGUAAUAUACAUGAUGCAAGAUUGGGAAUCUCCACAAGAGAGAAAGUGUUAAAAAUAAGCUUUAAAUUCUCUUUGCUUUUUUGAUUUCUAGGUAACUGCUACAACUGACUGAUGCUGUGCUUCAUUGUUAAUAGCAUAGAGAAGCCAAUGGUCAAAGCCUUAAAAAUGGAAAAGAAGUGUCACAGAUAUAAAUUCUGAAGCACUGAAAUAUACCAUCCUGGAUUGUAUUAACAAAAAGGUCUGGUGUAUCUUGUGCUCUGGUGAAUCAUAAUAUGAGCUGGUUUUUCAUAGGCAGAGCUGUGACGUGUAGCAAGUGUCAAAAUAGCAAGAAAUAUCACAAGACAUAAGUAGCUUCGCCGCAAGGAAAAAUACCAUUAGGAUCUUAUCUUGACUUCUCCCUAUUCUUUUUAUUGCUGUAUAGUCAAAAACAAAAGUGUUGUUGCUUACUAGAUCCCACAAGUGCCAUACAGUCAUUUGCUGGUGCUCAAGUUCUUCUUUAAAUUAUUACCUCUUGGUUCCUAGCCCCUCUAGGUACAAAAAAACAUUAUACCAACUCAACCACAAUUUAGUUUGAUUAGCUCCUUCCAUCAGCUCUUUGCUCGAGGACUCUAUGUGAUAUUCUUUUAGUCCUAUCAUGUGCAAAGGUCACAAGAAUCAGGAAUUUAAUAGGGCCAUGAGUUUCAUCCGGCAGUAGCCUUCUACCCUGGGCCCUGGAGGUUUUUCCUCACAUGCAGCGUGGUGCUCUUGUGUUAGCUGCAUGCAGGCCGACAUAUGUUUGGCCCAGUGCGUGUAGAAUCUUGGGUAGCCAGGAAAGUAAGCCUAAGGCGGUGGAUGAAAUCCUGGCCUUGACCUUUCAAAGCUGAGAGCUAGAGUACCUUUUUGGUGAAAUUUGAUCUUUUUUGAAUUGAAUUUCUCUUUGGAAUAGCUCAUGAAAUAAAUAUCCCAUUGGCCUUCAAAAAUUCUCUUACAGCAACUAUGGUAGACUCGGCCCCCCCUGAGGGGGGUAUUCUUACCAGGAGGAAGGGAAAGGGAUCCAAACCUCCUGCAUCCUUGCAUUACCAGCUCCUGCCCCUUUAUCCCUUUUGGGAUUGUUAAUUAUCAAGCAUUAUUGCAUAAUUUCCCCCUAUUUCUACUGCUUCAGAACUCCCAUCUCUUGCCCUUUCCCCUGGGGGGUACUCCCUUAGUUAAGGACCUAUAAACCACCCCCCCCCUCCCCUUCCCACUAAUGGGAAUGACUUAGGACAUUAUAUGAAGUCUUACAUGAACUACAUACUAUUAAAAUUCGCUUUCAUCAUUGUAAUGAUGAACUAGAGUUUGUCAGUGACUAAAUAUGUGCAAAAAUGUCCCAGAACUGUACAAUAAAUAAAUAAGUGAAAAAGUUGAAUUUUAGAGAAAAAAUAGGCUCAAUUUCAAACUAAAGCACAGAAAAGCUUAAAAGUCAAUUUUGUGCGGGAGAUUUGAUGACUCAUACAGUUGACCGUGCUGUGAAUCAAACCCAAGUCUUCAGCUCUAAUUUUUUUCACCCAACCAAUUGAGCUGACCAGUCAGAAGUCAAAUUUGCUUUCAUUACUGUAAGAGUAACAUUUUAUAUUUAUCUUUUAAAAGCUUUGCUCCUUGGUGCCCAGCUUGUCAACACGUAGCCCCUGUUUGGAGAAAAUUGGCUCUAAAAGCUGAUGCAUUAGGUUUUAAUGUUGGAGAAGUGGACACCACCAAAGAACCUGGUAAUGUAUUGGUAUAACAUAUAGAUUUAGCCAGAGCUAAAAGUGAAGCUACUGCUUAUGCACUUUAAAUUUACUGCAGGCAAUAGACUUUAAACUAUUGAAAAGAACACAAAUCUAUACUAACUUUAUGGGAAAGACAAGAUUGAAAAACAUAAACUUGAGCCCGCAAUCAAUUAAAAGCUAACAACUGGUCAGCAGAAAACUUUAAAAAAAUGCGUGACCUGAAUGAGUUGGCACUUGAGCCUGUAAUACGGUCAUGUAUCACUGGUCAAUUUGACAUUUCACAUUGGUUUCCCUGUGGUGCGGACAGACGGGUGUACAGUCACCUGAUUACCAAAAUUUCUCAGAUGGAUAGAUUACCAGUAUUAUUUAUCUUAGGUAUGGGGCUUUGCUCAGGCUCUCAUUCAUGACAAAAUGACUACUGAUAAAAUCAGUGUCAUUCAUGACAAAAUGACUACUAAUAAAAUUGUUACAUUACAUUUCAAACACUACCAACUACAAAGGUCUUGACACGGGCAAUUUUUUGGUCUUCGUGUGAAUAUGUAGCUUUUUUGGGUACCCUGUGGAGUACACACUUGCUUUCUGCCUGUUUAAGUAAGAUGUGUUUCACCAUUCUUUCGUAGUUAAAGGAAUGCUUUUUGACUCAGGGGCAAAUUAUGUAGGCAGGACUUAAAAAAUAAGUCAACUGUGAUGGUUUAUCAUCCUCAACCAACUUAAGCAAAAGGGAAGGAGGCCUGAAAAACAUGCAUCCUUGACAGGGAAUUAAACCCUGACUGAAAGAAGAAAACCAUCAGUUUAAUCAUUUCAGGUAAAAGGUUUAUGAUUUUGAUGGGUUACUUUGCCAAAUACUUAAGAGUAUUUUAAUUUGUUCAGAGACAUACUACUGGCAUGAUAUCCCCAUGAUAAUAAAAAUUAUACAUCCCCCUAAAAGCUCUUUUUUUGCAUUACAUAAUAUUCUUAAACUGUUCUCAUUUGACUAUUAACUGUUUGUUUUUGGUUUUUUUUUGCAGCAUUGAGUGGAAGGUUUAUGAUAUUUUCAUUACCAACCAUCUACCAGUGAGUUGCUUAUUUCAACUCUUUCUUAACAGUCACCCUUAUAAGACAGAUACCUCUCUAAAAUGAACAUCUAAAGUUCAUCCCUGCUGUUCUUAAGUCAUUUUCUUUGAGUCUUUAUAAAGCAGACACCGUACAGUGAUAAAGACAAAAUGAAGUUAUCUUAGAGAGAUUUAACUGUACAGUCAAACUGUUAUUGCGUGGGCUCUAACUAAGCAGUCACCAUCUAUUUAGUGGCCACAGUCCUCGCAGACAAUGUUAUGGGUAAAUCACUGGGCCAGAACCUUUGUUUAGCGGUCAAACAUCCUCAAGCAGCCACUUUUCCAUUCUCAGAGGGUAGCAAUCUUUCAUAGCAGUUUAUUGUUGAUAUCACUUUAUGUAUUGUAUAAUCAAAAUUGCUUCGGCCACACCAGGCAGACUGACACUUAUAUUUUUGUUGCAAGUUGUCAUUGUCAUCAUCAUCAUCAUCAUCUUCAUCGCUGUCAUUAACGUCAUCAUUAUGUUCGCUUUUAUCAUCACCAACACUGGCAACACCAACCUCUCCAUCAGCAUCACUAGUGCUCAUUAUCAUAGUUAUUGUUAUCAUCAUCAUCACCCUCUUCAUCACCACCUUUGUCCCUUGUUGUUCUGUUAUUAUCACCAAAUUCAUCUUUGUCACUAUUAACACAACUAUCAUCAUCAUCAUCAUCAUCAUCAUCAUUAUAUUCAGAAUUAUAACAUUUUAUAUCAUUGUCAUCAUCAUCAUUACAAAUUAAUUUUUAUUUUUAACUAACACUUUGUUUCUCCCCUCCAUCAGUGUUAAAGAUGGGACAUUUCGAAAGUAUGAAGGUCCAAGAUCAUUGCAAGGAUUUAUAGACUUUAUUAGUGAACAAAAAUGGAGAGAAACUGAACCUGUUCCUUGGUGGAAGUCUCCUAACUCAUUUCUGUAUGUACAUUGUACCAUAUACAGUCAAACCUUCUCUCUGCCACUUCCCAUAGGUGAACACUUCCCAUAAGUACGUUUUUUCAGUGCCAGGGGGUAUCCCAGGGUGAGUUAAGAACUAAAAACAAAAUCACUUUCCCACUGGCAAAGCUGUUGCUGAGGUUUAGUAGCCCAAGGCAGUUAGGCCUAUUAACCCCUCUUUUUACUAAAAUUGAGUUACUGGUAAACUGGGGAAAUGUUGCUUGCCUGUCAGACAACUCAAUAAUUAUUUUUGUUAAAAUACGCUAUCCCAACAGCUAGUUCCAGCUAGUUUUGUUGCACCCUGUGUCUACUUACAGCUGGUUUGUACCAUUUACCAUUUGUUGCGGUAAAACCUUAUUAUUAUGACACCAAAGAGACAGAUGACUGGAACUACACCCAUUAACAAUGGUAACUCUGGAUAAAACUGAUGUUGAUUUAAUUUGUAAGAUAUCUGAAACAUAGUUUUUUCCCCUCAUUAUAUUAGGAUGGGAAUGCUUGGUGUAUUGUUCAAGCUUUCCUUGCUUUUAAAGGUAUGUGUACUUUAACCCUUUAAGCCCCAAUAUCCACAUACAAAUUCUCCAAACUGAUCUCUAUACAUUUCCUUCAAGAAUAAGUUGAGAGAAUUUGAUAAAAGAUCAAGGCAUUUACCCCUAGGUGAUCAUUUUAUUAAUUCUUGUGACCUAAUCUCUUGACAUUGCAUGGAUAUUGUUAGGAGAAAAUUGACAUUAGUCACUAUGGGACUUUAAGGAUUAAAUAAUUGUGGUUGAUGCUAAAAGUAUUACCGACUAAAGGUCAUUUGCAUUUCAUCAGAUAUAUUGGUGUCAAUGAGUCGGUUUAAUUUCCUAGUAUUCACAAAGCUAGGUUCUCUGUAUCUAUAUGAUCAUUGUAGCAACUUUUUGAUGUUUGGAGGUCACUACAGUGGAACCAGUGAUCUUCUAGAUCAAGAAUGUCAUUUUCACUGUGUCCUUGCCAUAUAUAAGGAACAUUAUUCUUCACUCCGGUAAUAAUAAAAUAAUUAUGUGGAAAAGAACUAUAAUACUAGAGGUAAUCAUUGAUUACGGAUCUGUGUUCAUCACUUAUGGAAAGGAAAUCAAGUCUAAAGGACAUAGGAGUCCAGUUUCCUGGACGAGAUCCCCGUGAUAAAAUCAGUUGGGGGUGGCUAAUCGGCAGUCGCCCGCGACAACUUGAAAAUUUGUGGCUUUGUGCUUCAGGAAGACCAAUAUUAGGAUGUGUCCUGACAAACGCGAUAAUGAAAUUUUGAUGUAGGGAAUUAUUUUGUCACCCCAUUGGUCCUUUGUUACAUCCAAGUUCCGCUAUGGUUGGAAUCCUGGCUAUGUCUACAGAGUUUCUCUUUGUCAAAUGUUCAUGAAAUGACAGUCAUUCCAUCUUUCUUGUUUAUGUUGGUGUCAACAGGAUUUUCAUGAGCUACUUACAGUCACGCAUGGUCUCCCAGUCUGGGCUUCAUAUGCACUUUUUGGCAUUUCUACAGUUCUAGCAGGACUUCUUAUAGGCAUGGUAAACUGUUUAAUUAUUGCCCAUAAUUCUCUGAGUUAUAUUUUUGGAGUGGUUAAAAUGAAGCAUCUUCUAGUUUGUACGUUGAUAAUGACUAAAGAUACCUUACUGCAAACAUACGUAUUUGAUCGGAGGCUCUGUGGCUGAGCAGUUAGGGUGGUGAACUUUAUUAUUUGGAGGCCCCGAGUUCAAGACCACUUGACAGAUUAUUUUGUUCUCGGGAGUCCAGAGUGUAAAUCCUCUGCCAUCCUUGUAAAUAGCCAUCUGGUUUGCCUCUCACUAGUUAGGAUUCAUAACCCUGUUAAGUGUGAUGUAAAUUGUUUCAGGCAUUUGCUUGGCCCCACUAGCAUUAGUUCUAUAAAUACUGCGGAGGCUAAAUAAAGGUUAUUUAUUUUAUUUAUGUUUAUCUUGGUGUUGUUGUCAUUAGAUUAUAGUAGUUGUAUCAGACUAUAUCCUGGGAGGACCUUCUGUGAUCCAGGCCCCUCCAGUGCCUGUUCAGCCCUCAGAAAAGGAAUCUGAAGAGGAGCCUGGUGAAGAACAUAGUGAACAAUGUGAUAAGGAAGAAAAAAAAGAAGCAAAAGACAAUGACGAUGAGAAGAGUGGUGUGAGGAAGAGGGUAGGUAUCAGGGUUUAUCGUAAAGGAANAUGA